AUGACCCAGGGAAAGCUCUCCGUGGCUAACAAGGCCCCCGGGACAGAGGGGCAGCAGCAGGCGAAUGGUGAGAAGAAAGAGACUCCGGCAGUGCCCUCGGCCCCGCCCUCCUAUGAGGAAGCCACCUCUGGGGAGGGGCUCAAAGCAGGAGCCUUCCCCCCAGCCCCCUCGGCUAUGCCUCUCCACCCCAGCUGGGCCUAUGUGGACCCUAACAGCAGCUCCAGCUAUGAGAGUGGCUUCCCCACUGGAGACCAUGAGUUCUUCACCACCUUCAGCUGGGACGACCAGAAGGUUCGCCGAGUCUUCAUCAGAAAGGUCUAUACCAUUCUGCUGAUUCAGCUGCUGGUGACCUUGGGUGUCGUGGCUCUCUUCACCUUCUGUGACCCCGUUAAGGACUAUGUCCAGGCCAACCCAGGCUGGUACUGGGCAUCCUAUGCUGUGUUUUUUGCAACCUACCUGACCCUGGCCUGCUGUUCUGGACCCAGGAGGCAUUUCCCCUGGAACCUGAUCCUCCUGACCAUCUUUACCCUGUCCAUGGCCUACCUCACUGGAAUGUUGUCCAGUUACUACAACACCACAUCUGUGCUGCUGUGCCUGAGCAUCACGGCCCUCGUCUGCCUCUCGGUCACCGUCUUCAGCUUCCAGACCAAGUUCGACUUCACGUCCUGCCAAGGUGUGCUCUUCGUGCUGCUCAUGACUCUCUUCUUCAGCGGACUCAUCCUGGCCAUCCUCCUGCCCUUCCAAUACGUGCCCUGGCUCCACGCAGUGUAUGCCGUGCUGGGAGCAGGCGUGUUUACACUGUUCCUGGCAUUUGACACCCAGUUGCUGAUGGGUAGCCGACGCCACUCACUGAGCCCCGAAGAGUAUAUUUUUGGAGCCCUCAACAUUUACCUAGACAUCAUCUAUAUCUUCACCUUCUUCCUGCAGCUUUUUGGCACCAACCGGGAAUGA